CCAAGUCCUGAUUUUUCCAAGUAAGCCUAAGAACUGGAGGUUGAGGGUGUUGAUAUCAGAUUCUGCAUGCCACAUGGCAUCCCAGUAUCCAAUUACAACUUCACUCUCCUAUCCUUUAAGAUAAGCCCCUGCUUACAUUAACACAUUUUCAUGUAUUUUGUUCCCAUACACCAAUCAAGCGCAACACCAAUUCUUUGAAGAAAAUCUUGGCCGAUAGCCUAAAAUGGCUUCUGUUUGUGCUUCCUCUGCCAUUGCAGCCGUGGCCAUCUCUUCCCCCAGUUCCCAGAAGAAUGGAUCUAUAUUGGGAGGAACAAAAGCUUCUUUCCUAAGUGGGGGAAAACUGAGAGUGGUGAGAAAAUAUACAGCACCCAACGCAAAACGUUCAGUUUCGGUGUGUGCUGUAGCUGACCCUGAUAGGCCCCUCUGGUUCCCAGGAAGCGUCCCUCCUCCAUGGCUUGAUGGUAGCCUCCCAGGAGACUUUGGUUUUGAUCCUCUGGGUCUUGGAUCUGAUCCAGAGACCCUGAGAUGGAAUGUACAAUCAGAGAUUGUCCACUGCAGAUGGGCAAUGUUAGGUGCUGCAGGUAUUUUCAUUCCAGAGUUCCUAACAAAGAUUGGUAUCUUGAACACCCCUUCAUGGUACUCUGCUGGAGAGUUAGAAUACUUCACUGACACAACCACCCUCUUCAUUAUCGAGCUAAUCUUAAUCGGCUGGGCCGAGGGAAGGCGGUGGGCAGACAUCCUCAAGCCAGGGUCCGUAAACACAGACCCCAUCUUCCCCAACAACAAGCUCACAGGGACAGACGUUGGUUAUCCUGGAGGACUUUGGUUCGACCCACUUGGAUGGGGAAGUGGUUCUCCUGAGAAAGUCAAGGAGUUGAGAACAAAAGAGAUUAAGAAUGGGAGGCUGGCUAUGUUGGCUGUGAUGGGUGCAUGGUUCCAACACAUUUACACUGGCACAGGCCCCAUUGACAACCUCUUUGCCCACCUUGCUGAUCCUGGUCAUGCCACCGUUUUUGCUGCUUUCACCCCCAAGUGAGAAAGCAAGGAAGAAUGCUGUCUAUGAUUAGAAGUGUGAGAGAGACAUUGGGUGAACAUUUUGACCUAAGAAGGCCGCUUAGAAGAUGUGUAUUUUCAGAAAGGAAUGCUUGUUUAAUUGAAACUUGUAUUGUCUUUGUAUGUCUUCUACAGAAUGUUAAUCCAAUGUACAAAUACCUCUUUUAAUUUA